AGAUGCAUGAUUUUUCAAAAAACUUUGCACGCUCCUAUUUAAACAUGACACACUUUUAUUUAUUUUUUUUUUUAUCUGUGUCGCAACAAUGAGGCGGAAUAAAAGAAUUCCUCGAAAGGUGUUGCCGCCGCUUGUGUUGCAGGGUUGACAAACCGCAGAGUCGAGCAGCUUCCAGGCAAAUCGCUGCCGGCGGUGGGAGAGGCCGCGAGGGGAUGAGGUGAACUCUGGUGCUUCAUUAACAGAUGUUUACGGCUCCGGUUGGUUGGUUUUUCAGCUGCAGUGAUUCAAACCUUAGUCAAGGAGGAAGGAAGGUUGGACAUAUUUCUUCAGACUUGAACCAGUCCGUCCAGUUUUUUCCCUUCCAGCAGCAGCAGCAGGCGGCUCAGAUCUCGUCACCUUUGCCCGUGGAAGCAGGAUUAGUCUCAGCUAAACCAGGACACGUUUGUCUUCCUUUCCUUCUUCUUCUUCUUUUUUUGUUUUUUUUAAAUCUGUGAGGCAAUUUGCAAGGUGCUCAGUGGACGUUGCCACCUGACGGAUAAUGAGCAGUUAUCUGUACUUUAUCCUGCCGGCGUUGGGAGGAUACACCCUCACGUCGCUGUAUCUGCUGAGGAACCCGCAGAUUCUCCACAGGAGGAAACGCUCGGCUUUCUACAGCACUCACAUCGCACACAGAGGAGGAUGCGGCGAGAGGCUGGAAAGCACCAUGGCUGCCUUCACAAAUGCGGCGGAGCAGGGGACGGAGAUGUUCGAGCUGGACUGUCACCUGACGCGGGACGGACACGUGGUGGUGUCUCACGACGAGGACCUGCUGAGGCAGACGGGCCACGACGUCACCGUCUCCUCACUCAGGCUGCAGGAUCUGCCGCUGUACAAGGAGAAGCUGGAGGUGACGUUCUACACAGGACACUUCAGCAGCGGCUCUGACAGGACGUUCUGUCGGCUGGAGGACGUGUUCAGGAAGUUCCCUCAGAUGCCGAUCAGCAUCGAGAUCAAGGAGAACAACCACGAGCUGAUACAGAAGGUUUCUGAUCUGACUCAGCGCUACAACAGGGAGGAGAUCACGGUCUGGGCCUCAGUCAACGCCGCCAUCAUGAAGGAGUGUCGCAAUACGAACGCCUCGAUGCCGUACAGCUUCUCCAUGAGCAGAGGCCUCUGUCUCUCCUAACAGCGGUCUAUUGUCCCCUGGAGAGAGUUGCUGCAGUUUACUCGGAUAUUAAAGUCCAGCUCCUUAUUCUUUGUGUGUUUGUGUGUUUGUGUGCGUUGAAGGACGUACAUUCCUCCGCAGGCCGUCCUGAGGAACAAACUGGUCGUGUUUCUGCUGGAAAAAGUAACUAUGAGGAAGAGUCUUUUUAAACAUCUGGCUGCUCGUGGGAUCCAGGUUCAUUUAUUCGUCUGCAACACGGACGAAGACAUGGAGGCGGCGCUGGAGGUCGGAGCCACGGGGGUGAUGAGCGACUACCCGAGUCUGCUGUCAGAAUACCUGAACAGGAAGAGACGACGCGACUGACGUCACUAAUUAAACCUUUAAUUAAUUAACACCUGAUCCAUCUUUAAAAACCCCCGCAUUCACACCUGGUUUUAAUUCAAACAUCAGUUUGUGUGUGUGUGUGUGUAAAUAAGCAGCAGCGCCACCACGUGGUCAGUAAAAUGGCGGCAACUUCCGGGUCUGAGCAGCGCAAAAAAGCUGCAGUUCAUCGAGUGGCCACUAGAGGCGCUAAAAGGGAGCAGAUCCCCAUGUUACAGCGUUAUUAAAUAUGUUUACAGCCUGGUAUGAAAAACUGUUUUGGUCUCAA